AUGGACAACAAUAACGGCUCCAGGUCUGUUUGGAGCUCUGUUUCCGCAGUUAAUGAUGUGGCGCUUAUGGGUCUGUCAGAACAUGGAGCCACUGGAGCGUACAUUCAUGUAGCCGUAGAGAUCUGUUUGAAGACGAGGCAUAGACUUUCACAUUACUGGAUUCUCAAUUUAGACCCCGCUCUGAUCACCGUGCACCUAGAUGGUACAGCAGAGGAAAAAGAAAUACCGCAUGAUGAAUACGAGAGUGUUUGCCAGACUAUCUCGGGAAGAGAUGCCGGCAUCUCGAACUAG